UUUACAUUGUUUCUGCAAGGGCGUUCACAAUGGCAGAUAUUGGGGAAAGCUCUUCUUCUCCUUCAUCAUCGAAGCCCAUGAACGGAAAGCCAGUGGUUGUUCGGCUAAAAAGGAAAGCUUCCCAGUCGAGGGUUGACGGGCUCUGGCUAGAGAUAACUGAGAGGCCAGUCAAACGGCCUUUAUUGGAUUUUGGGAAGCUAUCCAUCUCUGGUUCGACUGGGAAAGAUGAAUUGAAGACCAAAAAGAUUUUUGUACAGCACGUGGAGACAGUUAGCAGUACUGAGGCUGCAGUUGAUAUUUUGCAUUCAUUUGUGGUCAGUGUGAUGGUCUCUUGAUGAUUAUCUCUUCUAUACUUCCCUUAUUUAUUGAUCUACUCGUGAGUAGUGACUGCCAAAGACCAACUUAGA